UGAUAUCAACUUCCUUUUUCGUGACAUUCUCUUGUGUCACAGACGCCCAAUUCUGAAGGUAGCCCAUUGACAACCGGUAGUGAAGGGAGCCCGAACUCACCACCAACCAGCAAAAUGUAUCCUUUUGUAUCGAACCACCCGACUACACACACUAGUUACUCGACGAUGCCCGGGUUUUCCGGUCUGGACGACAAGUCUUGCAGUAGGUACACCGACAGUGUGAUGAAUAGUUAUCCUCCCAUGGGUGUUCCUGGCAGUGCCAGCAUUGCCCAGUUUUAUCAGCAAGCAGCAGCUGUUUCAGCAGCAUCCGCCGGGGUCGGUGUUGACUCGUUAGGAUCCGCCUGUUCGCAACUUUCUUCUUCCGUCGGCGGUGGGCAGACUGGACUACCGGAUAUUACAAGGCAUCCGUGGCUCGUGACUGAUUGGAUGAGCAAUCCCUUCGAUCGCGUGGUGUGUGGUGAUUUUGCCGGUCCGAAUGGAUGUCCUCGUCGGCGUGGACGCCAAACAUACACGCGCUUUCAGACGCUUGAGCUCGAGAAGGAAUUUCAUUUCAACCACUAUCUAACCCGGCGACGUAGAAUAGAAAUCGCUCACGCACUGUGCCUCACCGAGCGGCAGAUCAAAAUCUGGUUCCAGAAUCGCCGGAUGAAGUUGAAAAAGGAACUGCGUGCGGUCAAGGAGAUCAAUGAGCAGGCUCGCCGCGAGCGCGAAGAACAAGACAAGAUGAAGAACGAAUCACUAAAGUCCGCCCAGCAUCACAGCCAAAAGCAGAGCCAACAAGAGCAUGCCAUCGUUGGCUCGCAACAGUCAAGUAACGGCACGGGAGCUGGUGGCGGUGGUAGUGGUGCAGGCAACGGUGGGGGCACUGGAAGUCUAGGGAGCCAUUUACACCACCCUUCGAUCGUCGCGCAAAACGAUCUAAAGCUUGGAUUGGGCGGCAUGGGCGUCGGCGUGGGAGGGAAUCUCAGUAUGAUGGGAGGUCUGGAUAAUAAAACGAAUCAAGACAUCCUGAAAGCAGUUAGUAAAGUUCAUUCCUAA